AUGGUCACAUUGCAUGCUCUGUCCAGCCGACUAGCCUCGUUUUGGGGCAAGGACGUCACUGCCACGCGCGUCCCACCAACAGACCGCUUAACCUGUUCUCGACCCCACCCCGCGCCAUCAUCCCUCACCAAAACACGUCUCCCAUACAAAUCUUCCAAACACAACAACACCACAACCAAACUACCAAAAAUGCCUUCCGCAAAGUACACCGAGACCUACCAGAAGGUCAGCAAGAUGGGCGAGAAGCUCAAGGCUGCCGGCAAGCAGGGUCCUAGCAACGACGAGCAGCUGAACCUGUACGCCUACGCUAAGGUUGCCGAGGGCAAGGACUUCAGCAAGGCCGAGAAGCCUGGCAUGUUCAACCUCGCUGGCAAGGCGAAGUACAACAAGUGGCAAGAGCAGGUCAACGCCGGCCUGAGCCAGAAGGAUGCCGAGGACAAGUACAUCGCGCUUGGCAACGAGCUGCUCAAGAAGCACGACAACUAG